AUGGUAGAAGUUGGUGCUUCUGAUGUUGGUCUGCAAAAGAGUACACCUGGAAGAGUGGCCACCCUUCAGGAAGAUUAUAAUGGAUGCACGUGGGGUGUUGGCUAUGAACUUCAUGGGCUUCAAAUUGCUGCUGUCCUGAAGUAUUUGAACAUACGGGAAGCCGUGCUUGGAGGCUAUGACACCAAGCUGGUGAAGUUUUAUCCUCAGGAAGAAGAGGCAGACGAACCUGUUCUAGCUCUUGUUUACAUUGCAACCCCCCAGAAUCCUUCCUAUUUGGGGCCGGCAUCUGAAGAGGAUAUUGCUGCUCAAAUCAUUGUCUCCAGUGGGCGGGCCGGCCACAACAUUGAGUACCUUCUGCGGCUGGCAGACUUCAUGCGCUACCGUUGCCCUCAAGUAGAGGAUGAACAUCUGUUCUCGAUUGAAGAAGCUCUGAUCUCUAUCCUGCCCUGUAUAUAUCCUGCUGAGGAACCCUUGGUGCAAUAAUGAAUUUGACAGUAUUCACCAAAAAUGAAUUGGAUGAACACUUUUUAACCAAGGAUGACAUGCAUGACUACAUGAGCAACUGAAUUCAGGUUUAAAAACCUGUAGAUGUAGACCUUGGGAGAGAAAAGUAGUGGAGCAACGGUAAUAUAACUACAGUUUAAGUAGCAUUGGAUUCCAGCCACAUUUCUAGCCUUGAGUAGAAAUUGGAGAGAGACCCAUUGCUAUUCUACCACCUGCUGGCGAUUCAAAGCUGGUUGAAAAAUAUUUCCUAGUCUCAUUUGUACACUCCAGAGAUUUAAGUCCUACUAAAUUUAAUAGGGCUUACUUUAGAGUUUAGGCAAGUGGGGCUGCUGCUAUUUGCACUUUUAGCCCAAUUAACAGUGUUCUUUGAAUUGUUGAAGGGAAAUGAAGAUAAAAUAGGUUUUUCUUUGCAUGUUUCAUCCAAAGCGAGGCCAUGACUACAAUACUAUGAGCUUUGCUCUACCUCACAAGUUGAUGCUGCCCAUGUAAAGGUUUUCAAAAGUUCCUCCAGCCUUAGUCAUAGUAUCUUCGUGUUUCCUCAUAGGCUGGGCUUUUAGUGGAAAAUGAACUUGAUUUUAGACUUCGUUGGGGCCAAACCUCCUUAUUGUACUAUUUUUUUAUAACUUGGAAAUGUAUUUAUUGUAAUGAAGAUGUAUAUUUCAUGGAGAGAAGUGUCCAAAUGUCCUGCAGAGCGGGGCAGAUUGCUAGCUUGAAAGUUGGCAGGGGAGAUUGGGUCUUCUGGUUUUAGAUAUUUCUUUUUCUCUUAGAGGGGAGCUUUAGAUCAGGGCAGCUGCUUACAAGGUUACUUGUUCGAGACAGCUUUUGAUAAACAGAACUGUUGUGCUACUUACACACAGUAUAGAUGCUUUUACACUGCAGUAAUCUUUUGUGUCAGCUUAUGUAUCUGUAGGGUGUAUAUCUCUUGGCAUACCAUGCUCAAGUUCAUGUUAUUGUUCAUUUCAAAUAAUGAAGUGGGCAUGUAAUAUCUGGUUCCC